GAAACCGUUUGUACAAAGUCGCUAAAUAAUUUACUAUAGUUUCAGAAAAAGUUUUCUCUGCACGUUAUCAAGUUGUCUAUUGUAGGGUAAUUGUUUUGAGUUUAAAACCUUCCUUCGCUGGUUAUUACAAGAUGCAAAAAAACAUUAUGUUUUUCAUAGCUGCCAUCAUCGUGGAAAUAGCAUUAGUCACACAAGGUCAGCCAAUUCCAAGUGGAGACACAACGGACAGAGGUUUGGGUAAAGAGCAAAAUAAUCUUCCUAUUGUCCCACAAGGUUAUCCAUAUACACCAACUACGCCGAGUGCGCCAUAUUACUCAGUUGUACCUCGUUUAUAUUCGUUUCUUCAACCUCGAGUGGGUUUAAACGAACCAAGGUAUUCUCAACAACAAGAUCUGUUAGGAUAUCCAGAACAAGGAGCAUCAAAGUAUUCUCCAGAACAAGUCGCACAAGCACAACGUGUGUUAGGAUAUCCAGGUGGUGCAUCAAGUUCGACACCAUAUCCAACACAAAGACCACAAAGUAAUGCGUAUGGAUCAAGUGAACAAUUUGGAAGAGUCCCCCAAGGUCGGCCAGCAUAUCCACUACAAGAAGAAAAAAAGUAUUCUCAAGAAGAAGUCGCACAACUUCUGCGAGCACAACAAUCACAAGGUGGCGCAUCAAGUGCGACACAAUAUCAACCACAAGCAACACAGUUUACUCAAGACCAAGUCGCACAACUUCUGCGAGCACAACAAUUACAAGGUGGUGCAUCAAACAUGUCACAAUAUCAACCACAAGCAACACAGUUUUCUCAAGAACAAGUCGCACAACUUCUGCGAGCACAACAAUUACAAGGUGGUGCAUCAAACAUGUCGCUAUAUCCACAACAAGGAAUACAACAGGCAUAUCCGUCUCCUUAUCCACAACAACCAAUACAAGGACUACCCCAAUUUACCCCACCAUUAUAUCCACAAGCCCAAAUUUUUGCCCCACCAUUUUAUCCACAAGCCCAACAAGCAUAUGGACAAGCCCAAAUUUUUACCCCACCAUUUUAUCCACAAGCCUCACAUAGUUGUCCACCAGUCCAUUAUGAUUAUCAUGGAUCAAGUCAUUGUCUUCCUCCUAGUCACCACCACCAUCAUAGUCGUCAUGGUUGUUAAUGAUAAGGUAACAAUACAUUCCUUGGGAUAUUAUUAAGUUACAGAAAGGACUCAAACGUGUCGUAAAAAUAUCCAGUUUUAUUUUCAAUACAAUAUUAUAAUUAUUAUCAUUCGAUUGUCUUAGUUUUUACAAAAUCAAAAUUAUAUAUUUCACAAAAUCAUAAUAAACUUUUCAUCUUUGGCAA